CAUCAAGGAACCUUCGACGGGCCGGACCAAGUCGAAUCGCUCGCGCACUUGCUCGCUCAGCUUCGCUCUCACUUCCGCUAAAAUUAGCGAGAGAGUACGCUGAGAGCCUCUUUCCUUCGCUUCUCUCCUACUUUUUCGGUCCUCCUGGUGUGCAUCUCAUUCUUCUGCUUGUCAUCCACAGGCGUAGAACAAUCGUUGGGAGCAUGAGGCCUUCUCUCUUUUCUGCUGCCGUUGUGCCAAUCGUCCAUCUCGCCGCAUCGGCGCAAGCACAGUCGUCGUCGAGCGCGACAGCAACGUCGACGUACCUGCCGCCCCCUGCUGCCUCUGGCACGGUCGCAUCGGCGGCGUCUGCCUCGCCCAACCCACAGUGGAGCCAGCUGCUGGGCAACUCGCUGUACUUUUACGACGUCCAGCGAGCGGGCAAACUUCCGGACAAUUUUCGUGUGUCGUGGCGCAACAACAGUGUUCUCAACGAUGGCAAAGACGUGGGGCUGGACCUCAGCGGCGGUUUCUUCGAUGCGGGCAACUUCAUCAAGGCCACCUUCCCUCUCUGCUGGACGAUCACGCAGCUCAGCUGGGCGGCCAUGAUGUUCGGUGGAGGCUACGAUGCCGCCAAUCAGACGUCGUACCUUGACGAAACACUCCGCGUGGGCCUCGACUGGUUACUUGAAGCUUCCUCCCAGCAGGACUCGCUUGUUGUCUUGAUCGGCAACGAGGGCGUCUAUUGGGGCGGCGAUCAAGACAUUCCCACCGAUCGCCCAUCGUAUAAGAUCACGAGGCAGAACCCGGGCACCGACGUUUUUGGCUCCUGUGCAAGUGCACUGACGAGCGCGAGCAUGCUCUAUGCUGGCACUGCCUUGCCGCUAGGACCCAACAGCAACGGAACCGCCGCCUCGCUGCGCAAUACAACCUACUCGCGUCUCCUCCUCAACCGCGGCCAAUCGCUCUUCAACCUUGCGCAGACGGCAACGCCGCAGCAGGUCUAUCAGGCAGCCGUUCCGCAGGUCAAGUGGGCAUAUCCCAGCACCGACUACGCCGAUGAGCUUGUUCUUUCUGCCACCUUUCUCGCCAUGGCGACGGGCAACAAGUCCUACAUCGACUACGCCCAGACGACGUAUACUGCAAGCCAUUUCCCCUUUUCCAACGGCGCUCUCAACUGGGACCAGCACACACCCGCGGCACCUGUCCUUCUCGCACAGGCUUCGCUGAUGGACGCAGGCCUCGACCUCAACACGACAAAGUACCAGUCCGAUGCCGAGUACUGGCUUGAUCUAAUUCUCAAUGGGCAGAUGAGCCAGACGUUUUCCACAAGCGGCGGCCUCUUCUGGUUCAAGGGCGACAGCGACUCGGCCAGCCUUAAUCCCUCACUCAAUGCUGCUUCCCUGGCCGUCACGUACCACGGCAUGGCCUCGUCAACGCAAAAGGGUCAAGGCUACCUCGACUGGGCCCUGUCCCAGCAGGACUAUGCGCUGGGCAAGAAUCCCAUGAAUGCAGUCUACUCCGUCGGGCUGCAUCCCAACUCCGCGCAAAAUCCGCAAUCGGCUCUCGCCAGUGGAGGGACAGAUGCGGCGAACAUCGACUCAUCUCCGCCCACCGAGCGCUGGGUGCUUUACGGCGGCCUUGUCGGCGGGCCCGACAAGCAAGACAACUACUACGAUCAGCGGAGCGACUACGAGCAAACGGAGGUGGCCAUCGACAGCAAUCCGCCCCUAAUGACGCUCAUCGCCUACCACAUUCAGAAUGGCGACGCAGACCCUUUCUACGUGUCCUUGACCCAACCUCGCGUCAUUCUCCCGUAUCCAAGCUCCGGGGGAGGCGGCGGCCUCAGCGGAGGCGCAAAGGCCGGAAUUGCAAUUGCCGUCAUUCUCGUCGUCAUCAUCAUCGUCGGUCUCCUCGGCUGGUGGCAGCGCGAAAGGCUCCGAACGUUCUGGCGCAGAAAGCGACUGGGCCUCAAGGCGUAAUACUCCGGUGCUCCACCCUCUCCUUCACCAUCACCAUCUGCACUCACGGUCGUUUGUUUGCCUCAUGGAUCUGUUUCACAUCGGACAUUUACUUCCUUGUAUUAUUGCUUUCCGUCACUUUAAUCUCCACAGAGUCUUCUUAGCCUCCUCUCUUCACCAACGGGGAUUCGUCAUCAGC